AUGGGAGUUACAAAUGGCAAAUACGAUGUAGAUUUCGACGAUGAAGGUGCAUUUGGAAAGGUCCGAAUAGUUGAACGACGUGAUAAUAAAAAACUUUACGCACUAAAAUAUAUUUCAAAAGAAGAAUGUAUUAGAAUGGAUGCUUUACGAAAUGUACUUAGAGAACGUUUAAUGUUGGAAGAAUUAGAUCAUUCAUUAGUUUGUAAUUUACGAUUUGCAUUUCAAGAUGAUGAUUAUAUGUAUAUGAUCAUGGAUCUAAUGAUGGGUGGCGAUCUAAGGUUUCAUUUAAAUCGUAAAACAUUCACAGAAGAUGCAAUAAAAUUUUGGAUAGCAGAAUUAGCUUGUGCUACAAGAUAUUUACAUUCUAAAGGUGUAGUUCAUAGGGAUAUUAAACCAGAUAAUGUACUGCUUGAUGAUCGAGGACAUGUACACUUGACAGAUUUUAAUAUUGCAACACAUAUAAGACAUGACAAACCAUUAACAUCACAUUCUGGUACAUGCGCAUACAUGGAAGUGUUUAAAGGCAGUGGAUAUGGCGUAACGGUGGAUUGGUGGUCUUUAGGAGUUAUAUUUUAUGAAUGCAUAUAUGGAGGGCGACCAUUUGAGUGUGAUAAUCAAGAAGAACUAAAAAAAAUGAUUCUAAGAGCACCAAUAAAAUAUCCUGACAUGGAUCCACCUGUAAGUCCAACUUGUAUAUCGGCCAUCCAAGGUUUUCUAGAGCGUGAUAUUAGUAAAAGAUUAGGUUGUGGAAUGAAUGGAUUUGCCCUAAUCCAAAAUCACCCAUUUUUUCGUAAUAUUGAUUGGCCUUCACUAGAAACGAAAAAAUUAAAUCCAGUUUUUUGUCCUUCAUCAAAUCAAAUAAAUUUUGAUGCAACUUACGAUCUGGAAGAGCUGCUACUUGAGGAACAACCGCUUGACUGUAGACCAUCACGUAAAAGAAAAUCUAGACGUCGCAAGGAUUAUGGUAAUAAUGAUUAUUUUGAAAAAGAGGAAGCUCAAUAUCAAUUAAUUGAAGAAAAAUUUAAGCCAUUUGAUUAUACAGUUUUUGAGAAAUACGAAGGUUGGGUAGAUCCAGUUACAAGGUGCGUGUCUGAUCCACCUGAAUGGGUUAAGCCUGCUGCUGUUGAACUAGCUAAUCAAAAAGAAAGGGAAAGUCAAGAUGGAGCAACUAAUAAUGGCGGUCGCGCAACUCCCAAUCCUUCUUAG